CAGAGCAACUUAACGGUCCCAUGACUUUUUGCAAGAAAUUCUCUUGGAAUUAGGUUCAUUUUUCAUGGUAAUACACUAGACGGCAGAAAACUGUAAACACAGAACAAAUUCCCUCUCUCGUUCUUACAGAAAUAUGAGGGAGUAUUUCUAAGAACAAAGGAUUCAAAGGCGCCCGCAAGAAAAUGACGCAUUAAACAGCAUAGUGUUGACUGGACUCUCAAGACAGAGACAUAUCAAGCUACCUAAUGUUUUGGUUAACUUUAUCACUGGUGGUUUUCUGGUGUCACUCCACCAAAGGAAAAGUUUCAUGGCCAACCGGUAAAUAUGGCCUUCCUAUGCCCAAAGCGGGAUGCCCGAAUAAUUGGUUCGAAGGUCGAAGAUUUCACGAUGAUAAAACUGGUAACCUGGUCGACCGUGAAGCCUAUAAUAACCUACACUUGGCUGGCUGGAUUACUAAGGAAGGUAUUGAACAAGACUUUUGUAUAAAGACAAGUACGGACAAGACACAGGAUUGGCCAGCCGGAAGAUACUGUAUUUUAAAACACGAUUCUUGUCCAGUUGGAUUUGCGGAUGGCUCCGUCCUUUGGCGUCCAAAAUCUUCCAGCUUCCAAGACGCAACUGUCAAUGGGAAAAAGUUAAAAGAAAGAACAGUUAACUACUGUUGUAGUACCAGAGGUGAAAUUAACAGUUCUAUUUCGCUUCCCCUCGACAAGCCUUUCUACUUGUACUCCCUGAGUGGCGAAAAUUGUCAGCAAGUCAAAGGUGCAACACUAAAAGAGGAAAGUGUUAAUUUCGAUAAGAACGUUGGCAGAUAUGAAGUAAGCAGCGAGGGUAAAAAUCCAUUCCAAGUGGACAAGCAUGGAUCACAGAUGAAACUAACAUAUUGCUAUUAUACUCCAGGUGGAGCUAUAGCAAUCCCAAAGAACCAAGAGGUCGAGAAAACGCUUUUCACUGGCUCUGCAUUGGACAAUAGCACCCAGUCCUCUGGCCUCGCUGUCGCUAUAGGUAUUGGGAUUGCAUGUGCAAUGGUGGGUACAGCGUCCAUUGCGUUGGUAACGAAAAAACUGUUCAGGAAAAAGACAGAUGGUGAUGAUGACGAUGACGAGCCAAGACCUGACGAUCCAUGAACGCAGUGAUCAACUCUUACCUAAAAUGGCUAUGCCAUAUGUAUUAAGCAGUUUUUUUGGAAACAUUUGUAAUAGCCAUUGAUGACAAUCGCCAUAAAUGUAUGGAGCCUGGAGCAAGAGCUUACUGUGAGGGUAAUGAAAUGAAAAAGACUUUGUAAGUGAUGGACGCCUGGACAACCAAAGAGAUAGUCAGGAGGU